AUGAAUAACUCACCUUUUCUUCAAAACGGGUUUAACUCACCAUCGCUUUAUACUAAUAAUGAUUCUUGCCCACCUUUCCUUUCUACUAACGACGGUUUUAACUCACCUCUAAUUCAUACAAGUGACGCUUCUAAUUCAUAUUUGCUUUAUACUAACGACGCUUGCACAUCCUUGCUUCAGUCUAAUGACGCUUAUGGCAACUUCACAGACGAUAUAGUGGCUUCUGGGGGUAUUUUGGAUGACUUUAGCGAACAACCGAUCUUGGAGAAUACUUUUGACGAAUUCAACAAUGGACAACCGAAUUCGGAGAAUGCUUUUGACGAAUUCGACAAGGAGAAUGAAUUGGAUUUUGAGGAUGAAACUGAAGACACUGAAUCUAAAUAUUCUUUAACUUUAAUCAAUUCGACAGAUGGGCUUCAGUAA